AUGGGUUUGGGUAAACUGUCCGUCCGCAUCAAUGGCGCUGAGUGCGGCGCCGAGGCCCUCAUGCUCGGUGCCAUCACCAGCAUAGGAGGCUUCCUCUUUGGCUACGACACGGGUCAGAUCUCAGGCAUGCUCCUCUUCUCCGACUUCAAGAAACGCUUCGCCACCGGCAGCCUUGGCCCGGACGGCCUCCCGCAAUGGGUGCCCACCACCCAGUCGCUCAUGGUCUCGCUCAUGAGCAUCGGCACCCUCAUCGGCGCCCUCUCCGGCGCCUACACGGCCGACUGGUGGGGCAGACGCCGGAGUCUGAGCUUCGGUGUCGCCAUCUUCAUCAUCGGCAACAUCAUCCAGAUCUCGGCCAUGAACUCGUGGGUGCACAUGAUGGUUGGCCGCUUCAUCGCCGGUCUCGGCGUCGGUAACCUGUCCAUCGGCGUCCCCAUGUUCCAGUCCGAGUGCUCCCCGCGCGAGAUCCGUGGCGCCGUCGUCGCCUCGUACCAGCUGCUCAUCACCUUCGGUAUCCUCAUCUCCAACCUCAUCAACUUCGGCGUCCGCAACUUCCAAGACUCGGACGCCUCGUGGCGCAUCGUCAUCGGCCUCGGCAUCGGCUUCUCCCUGCCUCUGGGUCUGGGCAUCCUCUUCGUCCCCGAGUCUCCCCGCUGGCUCGCCGGUCGCCAGGACUGGGAGGGCUCACGCAUGGCCUUGGCCCGUCUUCGUGGCCUGAAGGACGACCCCCACUGCGACCUCGUCGAGAAGGAUCUUCAGGAAAUGUUCAAGGUCAUUGAGGAGGAGUCCAAGACCGGCUACGGCACCUGGGCCGAGUGCUUCACCGGAUCGUCUGGCAUCCCCAAGACCGUCUACAGGACUCUGCUCGGAAUCAGCCUGCAUUUCAUCCAGCAGUGGACUGGUGUCAACUUCUUCUUCUACUACGGAGCCACCAUCUUCGAGUCGGCUGGCAUCGAGGACCCUAUCAUGAUGCAACUGAUUCUCGGAGCCGUCAACGUCUUCUGCACCUUCUUCGGCCUCUACGCCGUGGAGAAGUACGGCAGACGCUGGCCCUUGUUCAUCGGCGCCGUCUGGCAGACCGCCUGGCUCACCGUCUUUGCCGCCGUCGGUGUGGCCAUGCCUCCGGAAACCAACUCGACUACCGGCAUUGUCAUGAUCGUUUCGGCUUGCAUGUUCAUUGCCUCCUUCGCCAGCACUUGGGGGCCCAUGUGUUGGUGUGUCAUUGGCGAGACCUUUCCCCUCCGCACCAGAGCCAAGCAGGCAUCCCUCGCCACGGCCGGAAACUGGCUCGGAAACUUCCUCAUUGCCUUCCUCACGCCCUACGCCACCGCCGGCAUCGGCUACUCGUACGGCUUCGUCUUCGCCGCCUGCAACUUGGCCGGCGCGGUGGUCGUCUGGUUCUUCCUUUACGAGACGAAGAUGCUUUCCCUCGAGAACGUCGAUCGCAUGUACAGCGACCCCAGCGUCAAGCCGUACUCCUCCAGCAAGUGGGUGCCGCCUGGCUACAUCACCCGCAAGCAGAAGGACGACUCUGCCUUCCAGCGCGCCUCAGUGCACAGCGAGAACACUGCCGUCGGCGGCGACCAGCACAAGGAGAAGACGAGCGAUGACGAGAGGCCUUUCUCGGAACACCACACCAAGCAAGAGCCCUUGGCCAACAAUGUUUAG